GGAGCGCGAGUGGCGGUGGUGGUGGAGCGGCCAUGAAGGCGGGAGCUACUUCCAUGUGGGCUUCCUGCUGUGGAUUGCUGAAUGAAGUCAUGGGUACCGGAGCUGUCCGUGGCCAGCAGGCUGGCUUUGGGGGAGGUGCUGGCCCAUUCAGAUUCGCCCCAAAUCCAGACUUCUCAGCAUAUCCAUCUCCAGCUGCGGCGGGCGCUAACAUUGUUUGCAAAGCCUGUGGACUUUCCUUUUCAGUUUUUAGGAAAAAACACGUGUGUUGUGACUGCAAGAAGGAUUUUUGCUCAGUUUGUUCAGUCUUACAAGAGAAUCUCAGAAGAUGUUCCACUUGCCACUUGCUGCAAGAAACAGCCUUUCAGCGACCUCAGUUAAUGAGAUUGAAAGUAAAGGAUCUGCGUCAGUACCUGAUUCUCAGAAACAUACCAACGGAUACUUGCAGAGAGAAAGAAGACCUGGUGGAUCUCGUCCUGUGCCAUCAUGGAUUAGGUUCGGAGGAGGAUAUGGACGCUAGCAGCUUGCAUUCGUCACGGUCACAGACUUCGGGGUUUUUCAGUCAUCCGUUUUCUAUGUCUGUGUCGGUGUCGUCUCAAGGAGAACUUGCAAACAGAAGGGGAAGCACAGGAAAUGGAACACCUUUACGGGGACAAACGGAAACAUCUUCUAUAAAUAAUGAAGAAGAAAGUGCAGAAGAGCAGACCCCUGGAUUGUCCAGAAAGCGAGCGAGGGCAUCCUUGUCUGAUAUUUCAAGCCUGGAAGACAUUGAAGGGUUGAGUGUUCGGCAGCUGAAGGAAAUACUUGCGUGUAAUUUUGUUAACUACUCGGGAUGCUGUGAAAAAUGGGAACUCGUGGAAAAAGUGAGCAGACUAUACAGAGAGAGUGAGGAAAACCACAAGACACAGGGCGAGAAGAUGCAGCUGAACGACGACGACGACAACCUGUGUCGGAUCUGCAUGGACGCCGUCAUCGACUGCGUCCUGCUGGAGUGCGGCCACAUGGUCACCUGCACCAAGUGCGGCAAGAGGAUGAGCGAGUGCCCCAUCUGCCGACAGUACGUCGUGCGGGCCGUGCACGUCUUCAAAUCUUAAACCAAGACCAAAACCGGAUUUUAUAGUCGCCCUUCCAGGAUUUCUGUGGGCAGGAGCGCCGAACCUUGGGGCAUAAGUCGGCUUUUUAGUCCUCAAUAAACACAGCGUUUUAAACAUCAGCGUCCAGAAGUUUGUGAGACAUUUUUCUACGGCAUACCGAAUCCCGCGGCUGGGCAGUACGACACGAUGCCUGUGCGUCCCGUAAUAGCGCUGCCCGACUGACUGACAUUAUAAACCCACAGACUGUUCGAGUCAAACUGUUUACAGCAGUUCUUGCUCUCUUCUGAAGAAUAUUGCCUCGAAUUACCGCAUUCAGUGGUCAGACGCCACCUCUGCUCGACCGUAUUAGCGUGUUACCUUGUCUAGUGCAUUAGAAGCAACGAAUAUAUCAGUUGAAUAUUCAGCUUUUACGCAAUUAUAGAAUGUAACCGUUCUGACGCUGCCCUGCAACAGUGUUAAGAGGACAGAACACGGCUGUAGAAAGCACUGCCAUUAACUGUACCUGCGCAGAAGCCCUUAAGCAAUUCGUUCCGAAUGUCCGUCCUUACACACGUGCUCUCCUGGCUGUUGUUUGUAAAUGUACAGAAAGCUCCGUUGCUUCGCAGGGCUCUGCCAUGUGGUGUCCAAAUACCGAUUACUAAGUGUUUUUUUUUUAGUUUAGGAAUAAAAUAUUUUUUUAAAAAGGGGUGUAGUAAACCCUA